GAAGUCGCAUCUUGCACCUGCAAUUGCAAUUCCUUCAACACGCUGAACGAAUUUUCAAGCGACCGUUCUACUUCCCUCUCAAUAACUUGAUUGCGUCUUGCAUUUUUGCCGUACUCAAUUUCCUUUCUGCGUUUGCAAGUGCGAUCUAACCCCUCCGACCGUUAUACAUCAAUCGAUACCUUUGGCAACGUGAAAUUAUCUACAAUUUGCGCCGAUUUCAAAUAUUUCUUCAACCAAUUCUUGCGCGACUGUCGCUCGAAUAAUGGAGGCCGACGAGGUUUCCGAUCAAUUUUUUACCUAUGAUGGCAGGUUGGAGUCAUUCAAAUCUGCUCAUCCAGCCGCACGCCGCUCAUCCCAUGCCAAGGGCAAAGGACCAAAGACGAUUGCAUGGCCUCAUGAAGAGCCAAACCCUGUCCAGCUCGCCCAUGCCGGACUUUUCUUCGAACCAACGCCUGAUGCCCCGGACAAUACAGUCUGCUUUCUAUGUGUUAAAGCUAUUGCAGGAUGGGAGUCAAGCGAUAGCCCCUUAGAAGAACAUUUACGCUUAUCUCCACACUGCGGGUGGGCCAUUGUGGCAGCUAUCGAUGUUGGCCUGGGUGAUUACGCGGUAGACGAUCCUAAAGGUAUUGAGAUGACAGAGGCGCGCAAAGCCACAUUUGCUGGAAGAUGGCCUCACGACGGCAAGCGCGGUUGGAAAUGCAAAACGAAGCAGCUUGUCGAUGCAGGUUGGAAAUACACUCCAACUGUCGACUCCGAUGAUAUGGUUAGCUGCACGUAUUGUUCUCUCGCGCUUGAUGGAUGGGAACCGAAGGACGAUCCUUACGAGGAGCAUUAUAGGCGCUCCCCAGGAUGCCAGUUCUUCAAGUUGUUAGCCCAGUAUAAAGGACAACCUAAGAAGAAGGGGAGGGGCAAGGGUGCUAGAGCUUCUCAGUCAUCCCGACUUUCUGCCCAGUCGAUUGUUUCUACAGCAGCUUCAGACGUAGCAUCAAUGCUUGACAACCCUGUCGAUCACGAGGACAGCGUUAUGACUACUACUUCCGUUAUGACACAAGGUGGCACGAAGCGUAGCAGAGCGAAGAAGGGUACUGCUGCCAAGGGCAAGAAGACUAGGGCCAAAAAGGAGGCACCAGUUGAGGUACUCGAAGACGAACCCGAGGCAGAGGAAGAGUUACCUCCCCCGCCCCCGCCUAAACCUACUCGAGGACGCAAGCGAGCUAGCGACACUCUCGACGACUCAGUGCUGACUGCAGCGGAAGCUCCUGCGACUAAGAAGCGAGCCACGCGCGCUCGCAAGACGAAUACCGCCGAUGUAUCCGUUGUUGAACAAGACCACGAUCUUGAAAUGGCUGACGUUAAUCCUGCACCGAAGUCAAAGGCAAAGGGCAGAAAGGGAAAAGCGACUACUACUCGCAAGCCGAGAAAUGUUUCGGGGGCAUCAACUAUCUCUACAACAUCCCAACAAGAAGACGCCGCUCACGCGAUGGACGAUGAAGAACUUGACAGACAGCUAGAGGCAGAUCUGGACCGCCCGCUUUCUGACGACGAGAAUAUCGCGGCGGAUUCGGAUUCGGACCGCAAGAAAGCUCCAGUGAAGCCAAAGGGCAAGAAGGCGACAACAAAGAAAGCGGUUGCUGCGAAUCAUGAUGAGGCACACAACGAUCAUGCUAUGUUUGAUCCAGAGCCUCCUAUCAUCGAUGAAACUGCUGUUGAUGCUGAGCUGCAGGCAUUGGAAACAGAAAUGGAGGUUCAUCAAGAUGAAUCACUCCAGGUCCCCAAGAAGGGCCGCAAGGCUGGCACCAGGAAGACUUCCAAGCAGACCACCAAGAAAGCUAGAGUGCAAGAGCCUGUAGAGCCUGAACCCGAGCCAGAGCCUGUGCAACAAGAUUCUGAGCUAGCCAACGAGGAUGAGCUAGCCGAGGGUCACGAUGUGAGCACCGUGAGCAACGCUACUAUUGUCCGAACGAGCCUAUCAUCUAGUGCUGCUGCUCCUAAGAAGCGUGGUCGGCCGAGUAAGAAGGCUGCUACAGCAAGUUCGGAUUAUGCAAAACCUGACGAACUUGCUGAAGGUGAAGCUAGAGUUGAUACCUCGUUUCGUGUUGAGCGUCGUGUGUCGAUAGAGAAGGCGCCCAUAGCCAAGAAGAAGGCUAUCCAGGCCCCGAUCUCCUCUUCUCCUUCGGUUGACAAGCCACUUCCUCUACUUCCAGUUCAGUCUGAGGAAUCCCAUACUCCAGCAACGCCCAAGCCCACGGUAUCACCUGCCCAGGCUGCAAGACAGCCAGUCAUCUCACCAUCUCCGUCUCCACAAUCUUCUGACGCCGAGAACGAACCGCCUUCCUCGAAGCCGUCGAAUACCUCGAAUAGCAACAGAGUCGCCCUGGCUCCGGUUGCAGCUACACCUGUUCGAACUUCGCCAUCUAAGCGUAAUGUUCUGGCCGGUCUACAAAGCACCAUCCCCUGGACGUCAACUGACGUUGAGAUGGUCUUCGAGGAUUUAGAUAAGGAGAACACGCUCGGAUCGACUAAAUAUCUGAAGAGCGGAACGGAUUUGACAAGUCCUGAGAAGCAAAUGACGGUCGAACAGUGGAUAUACCACAACGCAGAGGAAGCCCAGCAGAAGCUGAAGCUCGAGUGUGAAACCAUGGUCUCAGCUUUUGAAAGAGAGGGCACCAGAGCUCUGCAGGCGCUGGAAGGCCUUGUCAUUGAUUAAAUUAACGGAGUAAUGAAGCCUUGAAGUAGCUGCAUUCUUGCUUUUCUGGGCUUAUGACGGAUGGUUUCUGCUAUAGAUGUUGGAACCUAUAUGGAAGCACUGCAUGAAAAUCGACACUAUUAGUGUCCAUGUCACGAUACUCACGCCGGCGUUGGGGGUACUUUUUCCGGAUGUUUAAGUCGGAAUGGGGAUUGGAUGAAAAGGUCUGAGCUAGAUUCGAUGUCUUACAUCCGGUUAUUAGAUGAUAAUGUCACACCAAUGCAAAU